AUGGCGGCGGUUCCGGUCUCGUUGCCCUCAGCGAAGAUGGCGGCAGUGGAGAAGCGGCGGCCGGCUGUGGCCCCGGUGGCCGGUAUCACGGACAGCGGCCGGCCGGCCGUGUCUCAGGCGGCGGCAGUGGCCGAGAGUGAGGAGGACUUCUUGCGGCAGGUCGGCGUGACGGAGAUGCUGCGCACGGCCCUGCUCAAAGUGCUGGAAGCGCGGCCCGAGGAGCCCAUCGCCUUCCUGGCGCAUUACUUCGAAAACAUGGGCCUGCGCUCACCCGCAAACGGCGGCGCCGGCGAACCUCCCGGUCAGCUCCUGCUGCAACAGCAGCGCCUGGGCCGCGCCUUGUGGCACCUUCGCCUGGCUCAUCACUCUCAGAGGACCGCCUUUAACAACAACGUCAGCGUGGCCUAUGAGUGCCUGAGCGCGGGUGGACGCAAGAAGAGGCCAGGGUUGGACGGGCGCACCUACAGCGAGCUGCUUAAGCGCAUCUGCCGGGACGGCGACGCUCCAGAGGAGGUGGUGGCGCCACUGUUGCGUAAGAUCCAGUGCCGGGACCACGAGGCCGUGCCGCUAGGCGUCUUCCGCUCCGGCAUGCGCACCUGCUUUGUGCUUCUGGAGUUCGUGGCGCGGGCUAGCGCCCUGUACCGGCUGCUCGAAGACCCGGAGCUGGCUGCGGUCGACCGCCGCCUGGGCCAAGCCGUGCUGGACACGCUGGAGGGCGCGCUGCAGGACGGAGACGAGGCAGCGCCUGCGCGCUACCUUGAGGCUGGCUCGCGUCUUGGGCCCGACAACCUGGCGCUGGCCAUGGACCGCGCCGUGGUGGCCCGGCGUCCGGGCGUCCCCAUGUUGCUUGAGGAGUUCCUGGAGAAGGCAGCCGCCCUCUUCAUCGCCAAGGUUAAGCCCGUAGGCUGA